AUGAAUCGCUCUCCUCUUUGUAACAUUUCCAAUGCUCCUAAAGCAACAACGGUAAAAGUUGUAAAACCAAAAAAUCCCACUAGGACUGGCCGUUGGGAAAUAGAGGAGCGUCUUGCUUUUUUGCAAGCCUUCAAAAUCUACGGCAAAGGAAAUUGGAAGGAGAUUGGCAAGUUCAUUCCGAACAGAACCACACUUCAAGUCAAGACUCAUGCACAGCAUGUCAUGAGGUUGGUUGACGAGGGUCAAAACCCAUUCAAGGAACUCGAAGACUUUUUUGCCGCCGAUUCAGGACUUCACAAAAUCGAUCCCGUCUAUAGUAAACGCCCUCAGAAGAAGAGAAAGACCUCCUCUGAUGUCAAGACUGCGGCUUCCGCACUCCUCGCAUUGAAAAAAAUUCGUGGCGGGUCAUGGUAG